AUGUUGGAGAACAAUUUCCGAUGGUUUAUCCUGUUCCUGGCCACGGCCUGUCUAACCUCGGUCUUCUCGAACAUGGUCACCAUCAAUUUCACCAUCAUUUGCAUGGAUCCGGGGAAGAAUUCGACAAUUGUAAGUAAUAUUAAUUUUUUCGAACCAAUUUUUUGCCUUUUUUUGAAAAAAAAAUUAAAAAAUAAAAAAAAAAUCAAAAAAAUCCGAAAAAAAUUUUUGUGCGAAAAAUCGCUCAGAUCUUGAAAAAAAUUUACGGAAUAUAAAUUUAAAUUUUUUAAAUAAUAUUUUGAGAAAAAUUGGUUCGAAUUUCACCGGAAUUUCAGAGAUUUUUGGAUCAAAAUUUGAAAAAAAAAAUUAAAAUUUUUUUUAUUAAUUUUGAAAAAAAUACGGCAUGAUCGAAAGAAAAAUACGGCAUGAUCGAAAGAAUUUAAUGUUGAAAGAAUUUUCAACAUUAAAAAAUUUUUUUUUAAUUUUUUUUAACCGAAAUCAGCAAAAAUUUGACAAAAAAAAAUAAAAAAAAAAAAAAAUAAAAAUAAUCAAAAAAAUCGUAAAAUUCCAGUUUUUUUUCACUUUUUCAAAUUUUUUAUCCACCUAAAACACUUUUUAGAUGGAUCCCGAAAAGUCGAAAAAAAAACAAAAAAUUCAAAAAAAAUUUUUUUUUUUUUUUUUUUUUUUUAUUUUUUAUCCAUCCCCAUUUUCAGAACCCCGCCAACCCUCUCCACCAUUACUCGCAAGGCGAAAAAACGAUGAUCCAAUGGACUGUAUCCAUCGCCAGUAUGAUCGCCACGUUCCCGUUCAGUUAUGCCUGCACCAAGAUCGGAGCUCAAUAUGUUUUCCUGGCGACGGGACUGCUUUCCGCUCUGAGUACGGCGAUUAUUCCUCCGGCGAUUGAAUGGGGAUUCUAUUGGCUGCUGGCGGCUAGAGUCAUGCAGGCGAGUUUUGUUUCAAAAAUUUUCCGCUUGCACUGUGCGGAAAUAAAUUUUGCCGAUUUUGCACUGUGCGGAAUUAAUUUUUGUUCAUUUUGCACUGUGCGAAAAUUAUUUUUGACCAUUUCGCACUGUGCAAAAAUUUAAAUAGUAUUUUUUAUUCGCACAGUGCAGACCGAGGAAAAAAAUUUUUUGCACAGUGCGAAAAUUUAAAUAUUAUUUUUUUCGCACAGUGCAAACCGAGGUAAAAAUUUUUUUGCACAGUGCGAAAAUUAAAAAAAUUUUUUUUCGCACAGUGCAGACCGAGGUAAAUUUUUUUUUUGCACAGUGCGAAAAUUAAAGCAGCGAUAAAAUUUGCACAGUGCAAAAAACAUUUUCCGUUGUCUGCACUGUGCGGAAUUAGUUUUUUUUUUCAUUUUGCACUGUGCGGAAUUAGUUUUUUUUUCAUUUUGCACUGUGCGGAAUUAAUUUUUGUUCAUUUUGCACCGUGCGGAAAUCAGUUUUUUCUUUUUUGCACUGUGCGAAAACGAUUUUUUGACCAUUUUGCACAGUGCGAAAAUUAAAACAUUAUUUUUUAUUCGCACAGUGCAGACCGAGGUAAAAAAUUUUCUUUGCACAGUGCGAAAAUUUAAAUAUUAUUUUUUUUUUGCACUGUGCAGACCGAGGUAAAAUUUUUUUGUACAGUGCGAAAAUUAAAGCAGCGAUAAAAUUUGCACAGUGCAAAAAACAUUUCCCGAUGUUUGCACUGUGCGGUUUAAAACCCAUCUCGUUUCUUCCGCCGCACAGUGCAAGGAUUCAUUUUUCUUUUUUUUUCAUACGAUGACUAACUUUUCAAAUAAAAAAUAUGUUCCAGGGUAUCGCCUACGCCUGUGACUUCGCUGUGGUCGGCGUUAUUUGCUCUCGGUGGGCUUCGUUGCGGGAAAAUGCCAAAUUUUUGGCGUUGUUGACUUGUUUUGCUCCAUUGUCGAAUGCAUUGACCAACAUGGUCUCCGGAGUAGUAAGUUUGUUUUUCAUAUGAUUUUCAUCUGUUUAAUGGUCUUUCGUACAUUUACACAGCAAUUUACGGUGAAAAAACCAGAAAAAAAAACGAUUUUUGUUUUUUUAAAGUGCGACGGAUUUUUUUUUGAUUCCACAGUGCAUCUAGGAGUCAUUUUUUGUUUCCUUUGCACUGUGCGACGGGAAUUUUUAAAGCUGCACAGUGCGCCGGGAAAAUAAUUUCUGUUUUUUUAGGAAUGCACAGUGCAGUCAGUUGGUUGCACUGUGCGACCGCGAUUCCUAAAUAAACCUUUUCUGCGCACAGUGCAACCGGGUUGGCCAUUCUUUUGCACUGUGCGGUGGCGAUCUCCGAAUGAAAGCUCUCUUUUGCGCACUGUGCGGUUGGGUUUGACAUUCUCUUGCACUGUGCAGGCACUUGGUUGCAAUGUUCGGGCGCGAUCUCCAAAUAAACCUUUUCUGCGCACAGUGCAACCGGGUUUGCCAUUCUUUUGCACCGUGCGGCACAAUCUCCAAAAUUGAACCCGCACUGUGCAGUUGAGUCUGCAAUUCUUUUGCACUGUGCGGCCGCGAUCUCCAAACCAAACCCUCUUUUGCGCACAGUGCAUUUGGGUUCGCCAUGCCCUUGCACUGUGCGGGCGCGAUCUCAAAAUGAAAGCUUUUUUGUGCACAGUGCAAAUGAAUUUUUCAAUCUUUCGCGCUGUGUGGACUGCUCGUUGCACUGUGCGGUCGCGAUUGGCCAAAAAAGAAUCUCUUCGAACGCACGGUGCAGUUGGCUUUGCCAUUUUUUGCACUGUGCAGUCGGUUGGUUGCACAGUGCAGACCGGCCAUUGCACAGUGCGGUCGCGAUGUUCAAAUGAAAUUUUUGUUUCUCAUCCCAAAACACAUUUUUUCGCCUAGAUCUGCGACUCUUCCUUGGGCUGGCCAUGGGUGCACUACAGUCACGCCUUGCUCGGACUGUUCCUCUUCAUUUUAUGGGCCAUAUUUUAUACGGAUGAUCCUCAAAAUAACAAAUUUGUGAGCAAAAAAGAGUUGUCGAUUAUUCAUAUGGACAAAUCGGAGGCCCAUCGGAAUCAUACUGGCUAUGUUCCGUAUAAAGUGAGUUUUUUUUCAUUUUUUAUUUUUUUAUUUUAUUUUUUUUUAUUUUUGGCUUUUAAAAUUGAAAAAAAUAAUUUUUUUUUCUUAUUUUUAUUGUAAAAAUUCUCAAAAAAUUUAUAAAAAACUCAAAAAAAAUGUUUUUUUAAUUUCAAAAAAUAUCAAAAUUCUCAAAAAAAUUUUCAAAAAAUCUCGAAAUUCUAAAAAAAUCAAAACAAAAAAGUUUUUUAAUUGCAAAAAAUCUCAAAAUUCUCAAAAAAUCAAAAAAAAUAUUUUAAAAAUCUCAAAAAAUCUUUCUUCAGGAGAUCUGCAAAGACAAGGUUGUGUGGGCCGUGUGGGUGAACGCGUUUGCCGAUUUAUUUUCGGGCUUUUUCCUCUUCAUCUACGCCCCAACUUACACGAAAAAAGUCCUUGGAUUUUCCACCACAGAGACUGGAAUUGUUGGUGCCUUAGGGUCGUUGUCGCAUAUCCCCGUCAAAUUGGUUUGUGGCUACUUUUCGGACACUUGCAAGUAAGUUUCAAAAAAAAAAAAAAAUUUUUUUUAACUUUUAAUAAAAAAAUUUUAUUCAGAUGUCUCCCAGAGCGAAAAAAGAUGUGGAUUUUCAAUUCGGUGGCGGUCUUAACGCCCGCGGCGAUUUAUAUUUAUCUUUGUUUCGCCCCGGCAAGCAUGCCUUUGCUGACGGCCAUCAUGUUUGGAGGCGUUCAUGCCGCCCUGGGCUUCAAUUGUGGAGGAUUUUACAAAUGUGGGUCGUUGGUGUCGCGGUGAGUCGUAAAUUUUCGCUUGAAAUUUUUUUUUGUCGUCAGUUUCGAAAUUUGACUGCAAUUUUUUUAUUGCACCGUGCAAAAUCAUUCAUUUUACUAUCGCACUGUGCAAAUUUUUGUUUUUUUAUCUUUGCACAGUGCAGUUUUUCAUUUUUUGCUUUUUUGCACUGUGCGAAACAAAAUUUCGCCUCAUUUCUUUACCGCACCGUGCAAGAAAAAAGCAAAAAAAAUUUACUUUUUUUUGCACAGUGCAGUUUUUGCUUUGGGUCACCGCACGGUGCAGUUUCAAACAGGUCGCUGCACGGUGCAACCGAUAGUUUUCUUUAUGCACAGUGCGGCAAAAAAUUCUUUGCACCGUGCGAAAAUUCGAACCUUCUCACCGCACUGUGCAGUAUUUCGCAUCGCGGAACUUUCCAGACCUUCCAAUUGCACUGUGCAGAUUGACCAAACUUUUGCCGCGACGCUCUUUGCCGCACGGUGCGUUCUUUUUCCGUUCAUUUUUCGUUUGCACUGUGCGAAAAUUCGAACCUUCUCACCGCACUGUGCAGUAUUUCUGAUUUUUCUCGCGACACUUUCCAAUUGCACUGUGCGGAAUGGCCAAGCUUUUGCGACGCUCUGCAAUCUUUGUCGCACCGUGCAUUCUCUUCUUUCCCUUUUUCGUUUGCACUGUGCGAAAAGUCUUUCGAAAGUUUCAAAACAAACCAUCCCCUUAGGGGACGACAAUAAUAGAAGCAGAGUGAUGAACAGCUCAUGUUCUUACGUAAAUUGCAACAUCAUUAGGCUCUUCUUCGGCGUGUUUCGGUAAAUUGUAUUUCAGCGAUUUUCUGAGCGUAAUCCAAUUUAAAAUGUUGUCCUACAAUUCCCCGAGGGCUCGUACUUUAACCAGACAAACGGACGAGUCUUAAAGAUCGGAAUUAGAGAUUUAGAAUGGGGAAAACACUGUAAAAGAGGGCAAAAGAUCAAAAAAAUUUAUUUGUUUUCUAAUGCACUGUGCAUUUUUCGUUUUUUACUGUGCAUUCGAUAGUUUUUACUGUGAUGUUUAUUGGAUUAUUGGAGAAUUUCAACUUUGACCCGCAUUGUGCAUACAAAAAUUUUUGGAUGAAAACGCACGGUGCGAAAGGACAAAAGGAAAAAACAAAAUGCACAGUGCGAAAGCUGCGACAAUCAAAUUGCACGGUGCGAAAACAAAAAAAGAUUGAAUGCACUGUGCGAAAAGAAAAAAAGCAAAAUGCACGGUGCGAAAGCUGCGACAAAAAAGUGCACAGUGCGAAAACAAAAAAAGACUGCACGGUGCGAAAACAAAAAAGAUUGAAUGCACUGUGCGAAAACAAUAAUUUUUUGAGCUCCAAUAAAAACUGCACAGUGCAUGGGCACAAAAUUUUCGCACGGUGCAAAGUAGAUUUUUUAUUUUUUCGCACUGUGCGAACGAAAAAAUAGAAAAUUGUACAGUGCAAUCAAAAAUUUUUUUUUUCAAUUUGCAAAUCAAAUCUAGGACUCUAAAAAACUUGUUUUAAAAAUUAACCGAGAAGAUAAUGAUGGUAAAUUUUUUAGGCAAUACGCUGAAUUCGUGAUUGCAUUCACUCAAUUCAUCAAAUGCAGCGUCUUCUUCAUUGCGCCGGCAUUAGUCGCAAUUUUUGUGCAGGAUGAGACGAAUGCCACUCAAUGGCAUGCCAUCUUCUAUUUGACCGCUGGAUUCUUGGUUGUGGUAAGUUUACAUUGUUUUGAUUUUAUCUGCACUGUGCAUUCGAGAAGAUUUGGAGAUUGCACUGUGCGAAAAAUUGAUUUGGAUUUUUUGCACAGUGCGGGUUUAAAAAAAGAAGAACGCACCGUGCAAUUGACUUUUGCGACGGCGCACAGUGCAAAAAAAUAUUUUUUGCACAGUGCAAUGACAAAAAACUUUUGCACAGUGCGGAAAAUUGAUUCGAGUUCUUUGCACUGUGCAAUAGACUUUUGAACUUCGCACAGUGCAAAAAAAUUAUGUUUCGCACAGUGCAAAAAAAAUAUUUGAACUUCGCACAGUGCAAGGACAAAAAACCUUUGCACUGUGCGGAAAUUUGAUUCGGCUUCGUUUGCACAGUGCAGGUUUCAAAAAAGAAAUUGCACUGUGCAAUCGACUUUUAUAACGGCGCACAGUGCAAUGACAAAAAAAAAUUUUGGCACAGUGCGAAAAAUUGAUUCGGUUUUUAAUAUUUUUUUUAAUUUUCUGCACUGUGCGAUAAUAAAAAAAUAAUUUUAAAUUUAUUUUAGUCACCAACAUUGACUUAAAACAUUAUUUCCAGGCCAAUAUCUUCUUCUGCAUCGAAGCGACGGACAAACCAGCUUCAUUUACCGCGAUUACCGGUCCCAAAACCAAACAAGUUGAAUGA